UGACGGUUGUUACAACAAAAUAGAUAUGUCAAACGAACUUUGAAACCGAAAUGUCUCUGUGGAAAAAAAAUAAAAAUUUUGUGUUGUCCUUUUAAUUAAUUUUAUUUAUACAUUUUAUUAUUUUAUUUUAUUUAUAUAAACAAAGGACAAUGAUGCGUGAUUCGCCAGCUAAAUUUAUUGCAAAUCCCCAAGAAGAAGCACUUCAUUUGUUUUGCAAACAAAUGCUCAAAUCCAGACUAUUCAAAGGAUUCUACAAAGAACGAUGCUACAUUGAUGCUGUCAACGGUUACAGAGACCAAAUUAUUGUCAAUCGUAAUGAAAAAGAUCUCAUUGUUAUCCUUGAGGAUAUCGAAAGAAGACUUAGAAAAUACUAUCUAACCAAAUCUCCACCAAUGUGGAUCGGAAUCACUUCGACACAACAUUCCUCCACUGCAGACACUUGCAUAUGGGUUGAAUUGGAUGAGUUAGCUUUUGAUCAAUAUUGGUUUAGUGUUAAAUCAGUGAGACUGAGGGAAAAUGAAAUAAUUAUUAAAUUGAAGCCAAUUCGUCCUGUUGAAGCUGAUGUAGGGAUAGCAUCAACUAGCACGUCUUCUAAUGAAAAUGAAGAAUCACCAGAAUCAAUUGGAGUACAAGAUUUCAUACAACUUGUGAUGAGUUGGGGAACGAGUACAAAACGAACUAUUUAUGAGUUUAUGUCGAGGGACAUAUCCAAAGAGAAUCUAGCUGCAGUCUUUAAGUUCUUGAUACUCGUUUGUAUUUCAUUGUUUUCCCUUUCAAUUGAAGCUGUUCGAUUUUUAGGUAUUUUCACAAUUCGUUUUAUGGCAGAGUUUAGGAAAAUUCUUGCUGUUUCCACGCCAAUUAUAAUGCGUACAAUUGACUUAUGUGGCAAGAUUAUUGGUGGGUUUUAUAUUUUGCUAGCAAUGAUAUGGCGAGAUGUGAAGAAGGGAGGUGGUCCGCCGCAACCGUUGAAUCAACAUAGAGCGAUCACAUAUGAUCGCCCGAUAUACCAAAGAAUAAAAAACGAAAAAAUGUCACAAAAAAGCGUAUUGUAGUAUUGUAACAAAUAAUAUUUUAUUUGAUAUUUAUACACUUAAGGCUCCCGCACACUUAAGACCUUCUUUGGGAUGAUAGUUUAGUCAGUCAGUAUGAAAACUUAUAAAAUACAUACAGUACGACCCGUUUGCAAUAAAAAUGAGCUUAAGCUCUUAUCUCAAUUUUCAGUACAUUUCCUUGGGAUCUAUCUUAUUUUCUUGAGAUAGAUAUCUAGAAAAUUAACUGAAAAGUGAGAUAGAGCUUAAGCUCAUUCUUCUUGCAUAUGAGCCAAUGACUUGGUAAUGGCCGAUGAAAAGUUUGAUGUUCUACACGAUUGGCUAUUAGUAUUAGCUACCGACCCGAAUAUUAGGUUGACAUAGAGUGACCGACUCAACUAUCAUUCCAUUGAAAGUCUUAGUGCAUGGGGCCUUACAAUAAUAAUUUUAAAAAUAAAAAAAACACAUUUUUGUUAAAUAUCUUAAUAAAAUAACUCAUUAAAUUUGAAGCGCGUUUAUGCAGCUGUAAAAUGCUUAUAGUAGGUAAUUAUUUUUUUAAUAUGAUGAUGUUGGUUUAAAAAUUUAUUGAUUU